CGAGCUCUCUCCGGAUCUGCCGCACGGUGCCCUCUCGCCGCGCUUCCUCCUCUCGGCAUCCCUGUCGUGCCGAGCUUCCAUAUCCAUGCUCUUGGUGACACUACCAAUGGCUGCAAUUCCACGGGUCCUCACUUCAAUCCUCUUAACAAAUACCAUGGAGCUCCUGCCGAUCAUCACCAUCAUGCUGGUGAUUUGGGUAACAUUCUUGCAGGCCCUGAUGGGGUUGCUGAGAUUUCUAUCACAGAUUCACAGAUUCCGUUGAGUAGAGUGCAUUCCAUACUUGGCAGGGCGGUUGUUGUGCAUGCUGAUCCUGAUGACCUUGGAAGGGGUAAGAUAGGCCAAGUAGUUGAACAUGUCAAUGUGAUUUACUCUUCUUUUACUCCAUAACCGUUACUACUCUUG